ACCGCCAUGUUUUUUUUUUACAAGUCGACGAGAAACGGAGCUAACGUUACUUUACAGACAUGUAUGCAUCGCAAAUCCUUGAUUUAAUAUGAAGUAUAGGCAGCUUUCAGCAUUACUUACCAUCGGCACAAUGCCUGACUUUUUCGGGGACUACUAAAGGUUGUUUAGAGCAGUUUGUAGAGCAUCGGGCCAUCGUAGAUCUUUGGAGAUCAUGGAGAAAGUGGAGGUGUUUGAGGUUGUGAAAGUGACUGAGGAGGUGGAGAGCUACUACAGCCAAAUGGAGGUGACCACCCAAAAAAAGAGGAAGAGCAAAGCUCAAGAAGACAGUGUUGAAAAACCUAAGAAACCUAGGUCUGCCUACCUGCUAUACUACUUUGAUGUUCAUCAGAUUAUGCAACAGGAAAUUCCUAAUCUACCACAGUCAGAGAUCAACAAGAGAAUCAGUGAAAGCUGGAAAAGGCUCAGCGUAGCUGAGAAAGCCUACUAUCUGGAGAAGGCCAAGUCUGAGAAGGAGGGCAUAGACACAUCGUCUCUCACCCCCUCCAGAGACCUGCCAGGCUUCCGCAAAAUCCUCCCCAGAGCCAGUUACUUUCUCUUGUCUAAAGGCUGCUCCUCAAAUCAGCAGCUGGAAUGCUCUCAGCCAGAGAUGAGUGUGGAGUCUCUGGACACUCCAGUGGAGAGAGGCCUGCCUUCCAUCUCUCUCACCCAAGAGCCCCAGUUCACACCUCUUGGUUUGGCCGGUGAGGUGGAGCUCUCUGAGCUGCCCAUUGUUGUCGAAGACAUGGCAGAGGAAACAACUGUGGCGUCUAAUCUCACGGUCCCCCGAGGAAUCCCUCCUUCCUCCUCCUCCUCCUCUGUCUUAUGCAUAGCCCCGGCCUCCACAGACACCCAUGUCUCACAGGGCUCUGCUGGCCUUACAGCAAAUGGAGUGACACUGAAAGGAAAGGAGACUAGAGUUGCUGGUAGUGGUUAUGGGGCGAUGGUACAGAAGAUACAGGGGGAAACUACACAGGUGGUUGCCAUCAUACCCACCCAGAACCUGCUAGAGCCCAAGUCUUUGCCAGGUGUCAGCUCUGUGGGCCCAGUGAUGAUGGUCUCUGUAGGAGCCAGCAUAGAACAAAGUGCCACUCCUUCCUAUAAAAUGUCUGUGAAGACAUACACCCGGAGAGGUCGUGGGAGGUGUCUAAAUCCUGGAUGUUCAUUUGUGUAUGUCACCCGCCACAAGCCACCAACGUGCCCUGAAUGUGGGAGCCACUUGGGUGGAAAAUGGAUACCUGCUGCAAAGAAGACACAAGAGAAAGUAGCCGUGUCCAAUAAAUUGCCACAGAAAGCUGAAACCAAGACGAAUGCAAGCUGCCAACCCACACCUCAUCCUGCUCAGGAGGGGAAUUCUGAUGUCCGUAAAACAAAUGCCACUGGGAGCAAAAAAGGGCAAGUUAAACAGUACUCCAGAAAGCAGUGUGCAGUUCCAGCUGGAAAGCCACCAGAGGGCAGCAGCACCAAGGAGCAGGAACUAACAAAAUUGUUUGUGUUUCUAGGCCAGCCUUUGUUCCAGAUCAGAACUGUUCACCCUGACAAAGGAAAGUUUCAGACUGCAAACAACAAUAAAUCAUCCACUGUGCCUCGAGAGAGUUUCACGGGUCUCAAACCUAGCACUUUAAAGCAGCUCGGCCAGACGGGCCCGACAACCGCAGUCAAGCAGGAUUCUUCUGUCCCAGCAGAUGGAAGCCAGGCUGUGUCUUCAUUGGUUGAUAGGAGAGUGAAUAUCCUGUCUGUCGUGCCUUUCAAACAACACACCGUUUCCAGCUUUGAUUUGGGAUUGUCUACAGCACGAGGAAGGGGUCGGUGUAAGAACCCGUCCUGUGACUAUAUGUAUAAGAACAGACACAAACCUGCAGUUUGCCCUAAAUGUGGCUGUGAGCUGACCCAGAAGAACGCCAAGAGAGCAAAGUCUGGGACUCUGCUCGACCCGUACCAGGCCCUGAGUCCUGCUCAGAAGGACAUCCAGCGCCAAAAUACCCUGCAGUUACUGCACCGUUCCCUUCAGAUUCCCGAGAGCGAGACUGAACUUCAGGAAACGUUGACCCUCAUCCAGGAGCUCAAUAGUCUCCAGAUCGUCUUGGUUCAACCAACUGGCCAGGAGCACGAGGACGGCGUAGAGGCUGAGACGCUGGUAGAGUCCGGGUGGCCUCAGUUCUAUGAAUCAGCAGCUACUCACUGUGGUCUGUGUAACUACCCUCUCUUCAAAGGAAGUCAGAGUACCAUUGCAGGACAAGAGGACUGCUGGCUGCUUACUGAGACACUGAUCCAGACAGCCACUCUUCAGCUCAAGGUGUGUCUCAACGUUCAGUGUCUGGCUCUGCACAGCUUCACUGACCUGCAUCCAGGUUUGUUCAACAUAGGCAACAGACUGCUUGUUAGUAUCGACCUAUUCCUGAAGAUCAGGUCCAGUAUCAAACUGGGCCAACCCCCCUAUCAGGUAGCAAGGACCAUACUAGACCACACCCCCAAUCACCCUGCGCAUGCUUUGAGUCCAGAGGAGUUAUCUCGAAUUCAAGAGCUUCUCCUGAAUGGCUACUGGGCAUUUGAGUGUCUGACAGUGCGCGAUUAUAACGACAUGAUCUGCGGCAUUUGUGGUGUUGCUCCCAAACUGGAGAUUGCACAGCGAUACACAAGCAACGUCCUGGAGCUAAAGAAUGUGGAGUUUACCUGGCCUAAGUGUUCAGUCUCAGAUGAGGUGAACGUGGAUGGCUUCUGGCUGACCAUGGAAAGUGAGGCUAUCGAGCAAGCAACUUUCCCCACUGACAUCCCUAUCACAUGGGUGGAUGCUUCUAUCAUCGCUCCCUUCAUUCCCCCAUUGAUGAGGAGUCCCACCGUCAUCAACACCGAGAAGGACAAGGUCCUGUCACACACACAGCAGCCCUCAGGAGAUCCAUCCGUUUUGGUGCGUCUCAUUCAUGAUGGUCAGCUGAGACUCGACAAGAUUGAAGAUCACAGUGAGGAUGAGCUGAGAACUAUACUGGACCGCUGUGGGGCGAGCAUCACCCCAGGCUCCACUAAGAAUGAGCUGCUGGCCUCCCUGAUCUCCUUGUACACACUUGUCCAUGGUGGCCUCCCCACGGCCCCACAGCCCCCUCCACACCUCACCGCUGGCAAGCUGUCCACGGUCUGCCCCCACAAGGUGGUGUGCGGCUCUAAGUACUUGGUGAGAGGAGAGACAGCUCGAGACCACGUAGACCUGCUCCUGUCCUCCCGCUACUGGCCCCCAGUCUAUGUUAGUGACUGCGCCCGUAAAGUGGCGCUCUGUGCAGACAUGCAGUACCCAGAACAGGCAACCCAGAUGUGGGGAAGGAAUCAAGGCUGCUUCUCUGACCCUUUCGAAAAGCCAGAGUUUGUGUCAUGUGCUGAGCUACAAGACCAGCCGUACAGCCCUGACCUGUCACUGGUAGCAGAGAACCAGCAGGUCCACCCCAUCACCAAAUCACCUUGUUGCUGGCUGGUUCAUCCUCCUGAAGUAGCCCAGGAGCCUCCUGCUCUUCCUUCAGAGCACCACUCAAUGGCCCUCUGCAGAGAUCUGGAGCCCUACGUCAGCCUGAUGGCUGAGCUGGAGAAAGAGCAGGAAGGGGAGGAUGACGAGGGGGCAGAACAGAAAGAGCAGACGGAACAAGCUGAGAAUGACUCUGCAGAGAACUUGGAGGACUGUUACUCAGUAAGCCGUGCACGCCGGCAACCUGUGGUUUUCAACAACACAGCUUGUUACUACCUUUACAACCGUCUGGUAGAUUUCCUCACCAGCAGAGACAUUGUGAGCCAGCAGAUCAACCAAGUGGUGAAUGCCUGCCAACCUGGGGAGGUAGUGAUCAGGGAUGCUUUGUACCGACUGGGAGUGGCGCAGAUCAACACAGAGAAAGAGGAAGAUGAAGGAAGUGGGGUGGAGGGACAGACACAAGAGGGAGGGACAGAGUCCUAUGAGGUUGUGCUUCCUGAAUAGAAAUGUUCAGGAUGGACAUUUAACAUGUAGGCAGAGGGAUGGACUGAAUGUAGAGAUGGCUGCAUGCAAAUAAACAGAAAUGCAGAUGAUCAGAGGGACAGCCAUGAGGAGAGACGCCAAGUGCUACCAGAAGGAUCCGAUAAUUUGGACAUGGUGCUAUCCUCAAUUCAGUGUUGCAGACAAGAGUACUUUACUCUUAGACUAGCUUCUACAUCAGAUCAUUUACUCAGCUGUACUUUGUUUUACUGAUGUGAUGAAAUAGGCUGAAUAAUGAUAAAGUGGGUUAAGUUUUUGCUGAAAAUUGAGCUUAUUGUAGGUAGUGAGAAAAAUAAUCAGUAGUGAUAAAGCUUUAGUGCGUAACUUUUUGAUAUUAAUAAACGUCCGUUACAUUCAAGGCAUUGACAAAUGAGUUGCUACAAAGCUAAUUAAGACUAUCAGCUCCACACAACUCUCU